AUGGUCAACACCCCGCCGGCCAAGGCCGUCUCCGAGGGUCGCCGCGAAAGAGAGACAUUCAGAUAUGACUCCUCCUUGAUCGCACAUACAGUCUACAACGAUCCCAAUAACCUCAAGCCAUCUUCGGAACUUCGGUCAUGUCCGGAUGCGGCACUGACUACCUUCGCUGAGCUCGGCGCACUGCGUCUCAAUGCGACUCGGGCCAUGAUAUCUCUCUUCGACAGCAAGUAUCAGUACAUCAUUGCCGAAGCUACGCAAUCGCUUGCCUUGACUCCCAACGUUCACACUCCCGACUCCCAACUCGGCGAGCAGCUGCUUCUCUGCGGCACGGCUAUUCCACGAUCAUCCGGGAUCUGCGAGCUCAUCUUAGAGGUCUCGGAUCACCUCGAUGAUAAAACAUUGCCUUCGGGUGGCCACCAGUUGCCUGUCACGGUCAUUCCAGAUCUUUCCGCAGAUAUUAGGACCCAACAACGAUCCUUCUGUCUCAACACGCCGCAAUGCCGCUUCUACGCUGGAGUGCCAAUUCGUUCCCAAAGCGGUAUUCACAUUGGCGUAUUUAGCAUCUACGGAGACACCCCCCGCGAGGGUCUGGACGAUGCGUCGAAUCAACUCAUGCAAGAUAUUUCAAAAGUCAUCUUGAACUACUUGGACGCCAAACGCAACAGGGAUGAUCACCGACGUGCCGACAGGAUGGUUCGUGGUGUGGGCAGCUUCAUUGAAGGCAAGAGCACAAUGUCAGGAUGGAGACAAAGGAACAACGUCGACUCGUUCGACGACCACCCAUCUUUCGAGGGAGCUCUGAACAAGAACCAGCAAAGGAUCGAUCAGAAUAAAGAGGCAAUGGGUUUUCAAACAUUCCAAGCUCAGCAGAAACAGUCGUCUACUAUCGUGAUGCAGUACGCGACAGAGUCAAAAGCCCAAUCGCCAGAGGCUCAGCCGGUUUCGCCGACGACAGAGACUCGACCUCUUCCUCAACCGCAUCAAGACCCGCAAGCCUUGCCGUCUGUAUCUGGGACCUCCUUGGAAAGUAUUCGAUCCGGGUCAGAAAGUGUGUCACAAAAUGAUGGUGACUCACAUUUGUCCCACAUACGGCAUAUCUUCUCUAAGGCCGCCAACAUUGUUCGUGAAGCCAUAGAGGUCGAGAGUGUACUAUUUGUGGACGCGAGCAUCGGUUCGUUUGGCGGCCUCGCCGGCCCCCGAUCAUCUCAUUUGAGAUCUUCUAGAGGCCGCGGUUCAUCCUCCUCCUCUAGUGACGAACAAGUAAGCCCAGGCCUCAGUGGUGGGAGUCGAUUGAGCGGUGAUGGCGACCAGGAUGAGAACCUUUGUGGAGUCCUUGGCUUCUCGAGCUCAUCCAUUUCAAGCGUCGACGGAGACCUGCCGUCCCUAAGCCACACCUCCGUGUCUGAAAAGUUCCUUUCGAAGCUAUUACAACGUUAUCCCGAAGGAAAGAUUUUCAACUUCGACGAGAACGGCUCCAUACAAUCCAGUGAUCACUCCGGCGAUGACCACGCCGCAAAACAAGAGACACCCCUCGAGGAAAUCGCAGAGUAUGUAACGAGGCCAGCGGAAGAUGAACAGCAACGAAACAGGAAACGAAAGCAUGCCUACUCGAGACGAAACGAGGGGAAAACGCUUAGUGACCUUUUCUCCGGGGUGCGAAGCAUGGCUGUUAUACCUUUGUGGGACGUACAAAAGCAACGCUGGUACGCAGGCGGAUUCGCCUGCACCAAGACUCCGACUCGAGUCCUCACCAUCGAAGGCGAGCUCAGCUACUUACGCGCUUUUGCGUCAGUUGUCAUGUCAGAGGUCGAUCACGUCAGUUCAAUGCUAGUCGACAAGGCAAAGACGGACCUGUUGAGUUCGCUUUCCCACGAGCUACGCUCGCCGCUCCACGGCAUAAUUCUUGGUGCGGAGUUGUUGCACGACACCACUUUGGACGCCUUCCAAGGAGAGACACUGGUUUCGAUAGAAAAUUGUGGCCGCACACUCUUGGAAACCAUAGACCAUCUCUUGGACUGGAGUAAGAUUAACAACUUUAUCGGACCUUCAAAACACCGAAGGAACUCCGUUGCAUUGGGCGAGCGAGGCCUGAGAGCUCGCGAUCAGAAAAUCAGCAUCGAAGCUGGCAUGAUGAGCAUCACGUCAAAUGUAGAAGUCGACGUUCUGUCUGAAGAGGUUGUCGAGAGUGUCUGUGCCGGUUUCAGCUACCAACGCGUCUCCGUGGCCCAACUUGCGGGCAAUAGGCCGACCGAGCAUGCAGACACCACCGCUAUACGCAGGCUUGACAGUAUGCAAGCAAUGGAAGAGAUGGCGACGCGGACAAACAAAUUCGGGGACUUGCAAUUGGUCCUCGGUGACGUUUCUGUCACCUUUGAUAUUUCUCCUGCCAUCUCUUGGAGUUUCCAUACACAGCCUGGCGCGCUUAGGCGAAUCAUUAUGAAUUUGUUGGGAAAUUCGCUCAAGUAUACACACAAGGGCUUUAUCAACGUCAACGUAUCCCAGUUGCCCAAGUUGACCGAUGCCCCGCCUAGAAAGGCCAUCCUUCAGAUUGACGUCGUUGAUUCAGGGCGUGGCAUUAGUCAGGAAUACCUACAGCACCAUCUAUUCGCCGCCUUCGCCCAAGAGGACUCCUUGUCUGCCGGGGCUGGUCUAGGUCUAAGUUUGGUAAAGCAGGUGAUUGCCAAACUGCGCGGAUCCAUUCAGGUUUGGAGCAAGGUCGGACAAGGAACGAAAGUGAGGGUUCAGCUACCCUUGUUGUGCGCCAAUCCUGCAUCACCAACGACAGCCAGCGCAAACGAUGGCAAUAUCGAUGCAUUUCGGGCAUCAGUCAGCGAACUUGGGGGCCUCAGAGUCAAGUUGAUAGGAUUCCCCGAAGACUAUGGAGUCAGAAUGCCCGACGACCUGACUAGUAACACCCCUAGCGAAGGAGCUUUGAUCGCACAUCUCUGCAAGGAGUGGCUUCAGAUGCAAAUGAUUGACCAGUCCGUCCCGCCGUCGGAGCAGCUUCUUCCCGAUUUGGUACUGUCCACAGAAAAGCAUCUGGAGCAACUUUUGAUGGAGCGCCGCUUGGGCAUCAUAUCGACGCCUGUUGUGGUGAUUUGCCGGAAUGCCUUGAUUGCGCGCCAAUUAGCAACCUCGUCAAGAUUUACCGGCAAUCGCAUCGUGUUUGAGUUCAUCUCUCAACCCAUCGGUCCGAGAAAGCUUGCUAAGGUGCUGUUGCUCAGCUUCAAGCGAUGGACUAAGUUGCAAGAGCGAGCGAUACCCACUCCCACGAUGUUGUCCUUGGCCAGCCCAGAACCAUCGAACAUGGGUGGUGAAACGCCGACAGCGCCGGCACUAGACAGACUUGCGGAGGUGGGAAGUACCGAGGCACUCCCAGAUACUCCCAUCGGAGACGAUGUCCCCAUGAGUUUAGAUGAGUUUCCAAACACUGACAACGAUACAACGAAGAAUAUGGAAGGUCAGCCUGUUAAAGAGGAGAGUUCGGAGCCAAGGCCUCAGGACGUUGCCUUGCCUGACACGCCGGAAGAACACCCCAACAGACAUUCGCUCGAUGGUCUGGAAACUCCCAGACUCGCUCACAGACCAAAGAAGGCCAGAGGGGAUCGGCCCAAGUUUCUCUUAGUGGAUGACAACCCACUCAACCUCAAGAUGUUGGCGACGUACAUGACGAGGCUAGGACACGAUUACCGUAACGCAAGAGACGGACAAGAAGCGUUGGAUGCGUUUCAGGAAUCAGCGGGCGAGUACCAUUGCAUUUUGAUGGACAUCUCGAUGCCUGUGAUGGACGGGUUCGAAGCGACACGACGAAUUCGUGCUAUUGAGACAAAAGACAGCCUGUCGCGCUGUCUGAUCAUUGCGCUCACGGGAUUGGCAUCAGCCAACGCGCAGCAGGAAGCAUUUGCGAGCGGGAUUGAUCUUUUCCUGACAAAACCUGUGCGGCUGAAGGAGCUAAGCAAGAUAUUGGAAAGCAAGGACGUGGCAUGA